AUGACAGUCCCAGACAGUGACGGAGCUGCAAGUCCUGGUCAAACUUCCGUCUUCAACACGAUAAACGUUCACGUUUGGUUCUCACAACUGAGCGCAAUAUUUCGGACAAAGAGAAUCCAGUCACAGAACGCUUGUUUCGCUUAUGUAGUCGAGAAACUACCUCCCAACAUCGCAUCGGUGGUUUCCGAUUUAUUUGAUAAUAUCCCAACAGAGAACCCAUUCGACGUUCUGAAAGAAGCCAAUUGUAUAAAGGACCGGAAAGUAAAGUUUGAACGACGAAUUAACGACCUGUUUAACACACUGCAACUUGACCAGAACAAACCAACCCAACUUCUUCGUAAGAUGAAAAACCUUCUGGGUAACAACACCAUGUCAAAGACCUUGCUACGGAAACUCUGGCUAGACAAGCUGCCAACCCACACCGCACAGAUUUUGGCAACGCUUCCUGAGGACUUGGACCUAAUACGAGUGGCUGAAAUAGCCGAUAGAAUCGUAGAGGCAAGGACCCUUAACAACAUCCAUAUUUUCUCGGCUGACAGCAGACCCCCGUUACGAUACGCUAAAGAAAAUGUCCAUGCAACUGGAGCGACUGAGUAG